AUGAGUGGUGGGAUCCCUUCAGAAAGCCAAACGACGUUUCGGAUGGCCACGCGGAUGAAUGGGGCGUCGUUUCCAGGCUCAGGAUUUAGCACUAAUGGGCAACGUGACGCGGAAGAAUCCAGCCAGCAGCAGCAGCAAUUUGUGUUUAAAAGUGUCCCCCUUGAGGGACAGCCCAAGAAGGCAAAAAAAGAACCCGAUGAGAAAAAAAAUCGGCAGCGGGUUAGACGCCGGACAAAAAAUAGUGGCAAGGAUGGGCCCCGGCCGUACAAGUGCCCGUUUUGCGAUAAGGCGUUCCACCGGUUGGAGCAUCAGACGCGGCAUAUUCGGACGCACACGGGGGAAAAACCACACCAGUGUAAUUUUCCGGGAUGCUUCAAGAGAUUUUCGCGGUCCGACGAGCUAACGCGUCACCUGCGCAUCCACACAAACCCGAACUCGCGCCGGCGUAAUGCAGCUGCCGUGCAUAAGUCCAGUUCGACGACGCGGUUGCCGCGCCGGUCCAACUUGCAGAAGCGCCGCGCCAAGAGCUCGCUGGCGCUCAGUGAGACGCUGCAGCGCCAGCAGCCCCAGCCGCAACAGGCGCAUCCGCAGCAACCGCAUGUGCAACAACCCCAGCCGCUGGCACAGAGCAACACCUUCAAAUCCGACAGUGAGGAGGAUGAAGGUGUUGUCAUCAAGGCGCACACUGUUUUGGGAAAGGUUGUCGGCGAAAAACGUCGCUCACCCAGCGCGCAAAGUGCGCAGGGUGCGCAGGGUGCGCAAUGUGCGCAAGGUACGCGUCAGGGCGCUUCGCUCGUAAACAUGGAUGCGCUCGCCAGCGCCGCAUCACAGGAACUAGAAAAUAUACAGGAGCGCCAGCAGGCGCGGCAGGCGGCCGCUGCGCUAGUAUCGGGCGGUGCUGCGGACCCGUACCGCGACCAGGAUAUCCAGUAUGUGAAGUCGUUGCCGUCGCUCUCGCAGUAUUUUGGCGCAUCGUCACCGCGCGCCAGGUCGCCGCAGAGCGCAGGCGGAUUACCGCCCUUGCGGUUUACCGCAAAGUCGCCGCGACCGCUGCUCUCGUCCUUGGCGUCCCUCUCCAGAAUGACGCCGCUCACGGAGGAAUCCAGCGAUUCGUUGUCGUUCGUUGAUACGCGCCUUGCGCAGGUGCGCAAUGCGUUCUCGAGCGGCGGCUCCAGCACCAGCCUUAGCGCAGAUCUAGGCGCCCAGUUUAUUCCUCCGAUAUCCCUACCGAGAUCAUCAAAUUCGCUGGUAAAUAUUCGGGGAGAAGGCUCGCUGGAGCCGUGUGUGCCAUCCGGGCACCAGCACCUGCAGGAAUAUGGCCAAAGCGCAGACUUAACACCAUUGCAAACGCCUAAAAUGUCCCCGAAACUUAGUCCCGUCAGCUCGAAUCCUCUACCUACGGUUUCGUUCCUGACCGGCGGCAAGGACGCUGGAGGGCAGGGUGAUGGCGCUAUGGUGCAGGGCAGUGGCGCUGCAGCGGGCGGCGGGCUCCGGCUACCGCGCUCACCCUCCUCUUCCGCGCAACUCCCUUCGCUUCGCUCGUUGAACUUGAAUCUCCCCAAGGCUCUCGAUAUGACCACUCUAAACCGCCAAGUUUCCAACGAUUAG